AUGCUCAUUGGGUCGUUCAUAACGAUGGUUAUCUACGGGAUUACAACUCUACAGGUUGCUUUAAUCUGGUCAGUCCUAACGUCGCGUGCGUCCCUCAAGUCAUUCAUCCCCGCACGAAGGUUUCUGGACACGUUGCACGUAAUAUUCAUGUGCCAUGCCAUUCAUUCUUAUCUUGUACGUGUGGGAUUAUGGGUUCAUAUCUUCCCGCUCAAAUCGUCAGAUCACGGGUUUCGGAAAUCUCGCAGCCCUCGCCAGUGGGACAUGGUCACUAUAUGUAUGUCUGUGAACUCUAAACAAGCCCGCAAGUCCGCUAUUUCAACUCCUCGUUUUCAGACAUCAAUCGCGAUCAAUGUGGGUAGAGCAAUUUCCGAUCGCUGCCCAAGUGGAAUGACGCGUCGCAGGUGCUCAUGGCAUUUGUUGUUCAAAGCUUUUUCACACACCGAAUACACCAGCGCUUUGGAAUGGGUGAAAUCAAUCGGAUAUUUUACUUUGAUACUUGUCUCACGAGUCUUCCAUGCAGAAACUGUUGCAUACUUGGAAUUUGCUCGACUACGGGAGGUCUCAAUUUCCUCGGUGCUGCCAUUUGGGGUACUGGCUAUUUUGUCCGAUAUCUUGAUCGCAAUGGCUCUUUGUCUUCUACUGGACAGCAAUCGAUCCGAUUUUGAGGAUACAAACCAACUCAUCAACAGGUUAAUCGUAUUUGCUAUCAACAGAUGCAUUUUGACUUCGGCGGUAGCAGUUAUUGAGAUGAUCAUCUUCUUGAUACUACCAAAUUCCUUCUAUCCCUUUGCGAUCGAUUUCAUCAUCGGGAAACUAUAUGCAAAUUCGUUGCUCGCGACUCUGAACUCCAGAGUAACUUUGCCCCGAGUUGGUAGUCCCGAGCAGUUAGACUCAACGAGUUUCAACGUUGCUUCUGUUGUGCACAAUCACGAGACAGAGAGUCUGGCGCUGGUAGGUCCUCCUUUUUUCAUUCAACCUUUGGUAACGCUUUCAGGGUACGAGAGGAGGUGA